AGAGAUUCAAAACUCAGAAAGAAGCUUUAGGUUUCUACCAAAGGUUAUUGAAACGCUUUCAAUCACUAUCAGUGAUGGAACCAGUCCAAAGUGACCAAACGACCCUUGAGAACUCAACCAAUGAUGACUCAAAUCCUCCUGUCCUGUCAAAAAAUGCUCGAAAGAAGCUUCUGAAGCAGCAGAGAUUUGAAGCAAAUAAGGCACAGAAGAAAGCUGCCAUUAAAGAGCAGAAGCAAAGGAAGUUAGAGGAAAAACGUCGCGAAUGGGAUGAGAAAUUAGCAAGCAUCUCUGAAGAGGAGAAAGCAAAGCUGAUACAGUCCCGAAUAGAGCUUAGGAGGGAGAGAAUGGAGAAAGUAUUGGAGGAAAGGGAGAAAAAGAUUGAACGACUUACUAGAGCCAAAGAAGAAGGUCAGAAGAUCAUCAUUGAUCUUGAAUUCUCAGAUCUUAUGACACCUAAUGAGAUUCACAGUCUUGUUCAACAGAUUAUGUAUUGUUAUGCAGUAAAUGGGAAAUCUCCUUUGCCAGGUCAUCUCUGGUUGACUGGAUGCAGGGGAGAAAUAGAGACUCAAUUGCAAAGGCUCCCAGGAUUUGGCAAGUGGACGAUUGAGAAGGAGAGCAGAUCAUAUGUUGAAGCUCUGCAAGAUCAGAAGGAUAAUCUAGUCUAUCUAACAGCAGAUGCAGAAACUGUGCUUGAUGAACUUGAUCCAAAGAAAAUAUACAUUAUUGGUGGCUUGGUGGAUCGGAAUAGAUGGAAAGGACUGACCAGGAAAAAAGCACAGGACCAGGGGAUCCAAACUGCGAAGCUUCCUAUUGGAAAUUACUUGAAGAUGUUGAGUUCUCAGGUACUGACUGUGAACCAAGUAGUUGAGAUACUGCUCAAAUUCUUGGAAACAAGAGAUUGGAAGACUGCCUUCUUUCAGGUGAUUCCCCAGAGAAAAAGACAUGAAGCUGAAGCAGAAGUUGAAGAAGGUAACAGCGAGGAAGAUGGUUCUGGUGAGAGCAAAAAGAAAUGUAUUGAGCAAUCCUCCACUGAUGAUGGGAAUUUAUCAACUUGAUAUAGUGUGUGAGAAGUAGACCCAAAUGAUAGGAGGGAUAUUUUGAUUAGUACAAAGAGUAGUAACUAAA